UCGUCCACAUUCAUUCGAUCUAAACACUUAAUAAUUAUAGCUUAGAAAAAUAACCUAUUGCUGAAUUUUUUUAUUUGGCUUCAAUUAUGGGGAAUGAAGAAUACGGCGAAAGAAAAGGAAUUUCAUCGUUUACAAUUUCUCAAAAUGGAAAUGCAAUUUCAAAAAAUAUUGGUAGCAAGAAAAAAAUAUCCAUUGGUAUAUUAACAGUGAUUGCUUUGUCUUUCACAGGAAUUUACGUAUAUAAUUACUUAUAUAUUGAAGAAAAAAUAACCGUUUGCAAUACUAGAUCAUGUGUACAAUCAUCUUUGGUAUUAAUGAAUUGUAUUAAUGAAACCAUUGAUCCCUGUGAAGAUUUUUAUGAGUUUGCAUGUGGUAUGUUUGAAACUAACUACCCGACCUAUCCUAAUACAGAUGAAAAUAGCUGGACAUCAAUAAUAUCAUUAAAAGUAAACUCCAUAGUUAAAAAAUUUCUCAAUCAACCAAAUGAAGAUUAUGAACCAGUAGCAAUUCAUAAGACUAGAAUGUUUUAUGAAACUUGUUUACAACAUAUUGAUCGAGAUUUUACGAAAUAUGAUUUACUGAGGGACGUAUGGAAAAAAAUUAAUCUAGAUAUAAAUUAUCUAAACGAUUCAGUUCCACUUGAUAUCGAAACCGUUUUAGCAAAAAUACAAAAACACUUAAAUAUGAAUAUAUUUUUUGAUCUUGAUGUUGAUGAUGAUCCAAGAAAUUCUUCAUCUUAUUCACUUUUAAUCAUUAGUAAAAAUGAAGAAUCAAUCGACUUCCAUAAAAGAAUGAAUAAAGAAACUAAUAACGUUAUUGAUAAUGAAGAUGCGCAUAUAUUUAGUGAUACUUUCAAGUCACUGGUGGACGAAUUAUUAAAUCGUGAUCAAAAAUAUUCCACAAAGAUUUCUAUUAAAGAUCUUAUAAAUACAACUAAAGAACUAGCUGAUUUUGAGAACGAGUUUAAAAAAAUUAUUGCAAACAUGAAUCUCUCUCCGUAUCAAAUUCCUAAAAUAAUAACACUGGGAGAACUUCAAAAUUUUACGGAUUCAGCUGGAGAAUCACUUAAAUUUAAUUGGACAUUAUAUCUGAGAGAGUUAUUUCAUGACACCGAACCUAAAGUAUAUGAACAGUUGAUGUCAAAAAAUCAUAAUGAUUAUGAAAUUUUAAUAAUGGACGAAAAAUAUUUGGAAACAGUGUUUACGUUAUUAUCUCAAACUCAAACUAUAAUAAUAAAAAUGUCAAUACUAACCUAUGUAAUAGGAAUUUUGGAAAAACGUUUUCCGGAGUAUCCAGAUUCUGAAAGUUGUUUUUCUCUUACUACUGAAUUUUUUGGAAUGGUAACCGGAUAUUCCAUGAUACAUACAUUAGACAACUCUUCUAAAGCAGCAUUAAUCGAAAUGAAUGAUAAUAUACAAUGGGCUAUGCGUAAAAUUAUUAAUGAAGCGAGUUGGUUGGAUGAUGAAUCAAAAAUAGCUACAUUACGAAAAUUAGCCACAACAAAAACUUACUUGGGAUAUCCAGACGACUAUCCUAACAUAUUAAAUAAUUUAUAUCAAAAUUUAAAUAUUACAGAUAAUCAUUUAGAGAACUUGAUAUCGAUUUCCAACUUUAACGCGAAGAACAAGUGGAACAGUCUGGUAAACAAAAGAGAUUGGAAAAACAUAGAGUGGGGUAUGGCUCCGAACGAAGUAAACGCAUACAACGACAAUUCGAUGAACGCUAUUUUCAUACCAGCGGCAUCCUUACAGGCACCGUUUUACUUCAACGGCAUACAAUCACUGAAUUACGGAUCCGUUGGUAGUACGAUAGGGCACGAACUGUCGCAUAGCUACGACGACACUGGUAGGCUGUACAACGAACUCGGCAACGUAGUCCCAUGGUGGACCAACAAGAGCCACGAAGAGUACACGAAAAGAACCCGGUGCCUGGUGGAUCGUUACAACGACGUUAAGAUUGUCAAUAAUCGCAAUAACACCAUUGUAUUUAAUGGUAAUGUAACGUUGGACGAGAACAUAGCCGACAUAACCGGACUGAAAGAAGCAUAUUUUGCUUAUCAGCGUUUUUUAGAUAUUCACGGACAAGAGCCUAGAUUACCGGGUUUGGAACAAUACAAUCAAGAGCAAAUUUUUUUCUUAGGAUAUGCAAAUCAAUACUGUCAUUAUGACAUGGUUGGUUGGCAAGCUGGCCGACAUAGUCCAAAUGAGGUUCGAGUACGAGUAGUCGUAUCACUUUUUCCAGAGUUCGCAAAAGCAUGGUCUUGUCCACUGGGUUCCCCGAUGAACCCAAACAAAGAAAGAUGCCAAAUAUGGUAAUUUGUGCAAGGUUUAUAUUACUUUUCUUUUAAAUUUAUAAAUAUCAACUAUUUAUAAUUAUUAUUAUAUUAUUAUUCUUUAAAGUUAAAUAUAUAUUUGUUAAUUUAUUUUUUUAAUCAAAUAGUUUUUCAACAUUUUGGACAGAAUGCAUCCAUUGUAAAUAUAGUGCAUGAGUUCAUAAAAAAAAAUGUUUCACUCUUUGAUUUGGAUGUAACGUGUUAUUACUUCUUAAUUGUUAUAAC